GGCUCUUUUGGGUGAAGCACGCAUGAACCGGAAGCCAGUGGAGGAAGACUGGACCGUGGGAACCGACUGGCUUUACUAGGAGGAUGAACGUCCCUCGGGUCCUCGUGGCGGGAGGAAGAUGGAGAUUCUUCCCAGUCCCACUGCGGUCACCCUUGUUCCCGGCCGCACAUAGCUCACAUAGCUCCUGCUGUCGGAACAAAUCCACUACGCCCCAGGCAGUGACUCCCAACGUCGAUUUUUGCGAUGAAAAUGCGCAGGAGUCAGAAAAGGCACUUGACAAGCUCUUCUCCUCGGAACAGCAGGCCUCCAUCUUGCAUGUGUUGAACACAGCAUCUAACAAAGAACUCGAAGCUUUCAAGUUACUCCGCGGAAGAAAGUCCGUCAAUAUUGUAGAGCACCGGGAAAAGUUUGGGCCAUUUCAGAAUUUGGAGAGUUUAAUGACUGUGCCUUUGUUCCAGUAUAAAACUGCAGUUCGAGUGUGUAACUCCAUUCUUUGUCCAGACACUGGAAAGAAAAAACGGAAGUUACAGGAAAACCAGCGCUUGGGAAAGCUCAUCAAGCCAGACGUAGAGAUAGAGAGACUGAAGGCAGUCAGCAGUAUUGUAUCUAUCGUUUUUGGUACUCGAAGAAUUGCCUGGGCUCAUGUUGAUCGCAAGUUGACUGUGCUGGACUGGCAGCAAAGUGACUAUUGGAGAUUAAUGAGCAGAACGUACCCGUCCUCAGCCUACCUAGAAGAGAUUUCUUCAGUCAUUUCAAAGAUGCCUAAAGCAGAUUUCUAUGUUCUGGAAAAAACCGGACUUUCCCUUCAGAACGCCUCCCUGUUCCCCGUCCUGUUGCACUUUCACAUCACGGAGGCCAUGCUGUACGCCUUGCUGAACAGGACGUUCGCGCAGGACGGCCUGCACCAGGUGCUGAGCAUGCACCGCAGCGCGGUGGGGAAGCACUUGGAGCUGAUGAUUGGCGACACGAGGACCAGUGGGAAGGACCUGGUGAAGCAGCUCCUCUCGGAGUCUGUCCUGAAGGCGCAGCCUCGGGUGUGCUUCCCGGCAGAUAAAGUAGUGCGCUACAGACAGCUGUUCUCAGCGGCCGACCCUCACAGAAUCGAAGAGUUGUACGAUUCGUUACUGCAGGCUGUUGCCUUCUACGAGUUAGUAGUUUUUAACAAUGAGCCUUAGAGCUCUGAGAUUAAUACACCUGCUCUAAUGGUAUAUUUACAGUUUAUUAGCCCUAACGUUGUAAAACCAGAGAUUUUGAACAUCCAUAUAAAUGAAGAAGAAAAUACAUUGUACCCGUAUUAUAGAUGUUCAGACUUCCAGCUGUUGAGUGGUUUACACAAGGAUAAACCAAGUUCAAAUCAAUAAAUAUGUUAUGGGUAUCUUUGCCAUUUGGGAAAAGUGGUAAAUAAGAUGCCCUGCAGGGGCUGGCGCUGUGAUGUAGUGGGUAAAAGCUGACACCUGCAGUGCGGGCAUCCCAUAUGGGUGGCUGGUUCGAGUCCUGGCUGCUCCACUUCUGAUCCAGCUCUCUGGUGUGGCCUGGAAAAGCAGUAGAAGAUGGUCCAAGUGCUUGGGUCCCUGUACCUGCCUGGAAGACCCAGAAGAGGCUCCUGGCUCCUGGCUUCCUAUCUGCACAGCUCCAGCCGUUGUGGCCAAUUGGGGAGUGAACCAGCGGGUGGAAGACCUCUCUCUCUCUGCCUCUCCUUCUUUCUCUGUGUAACUCUGACUUUCAAAUAAAUAAAUAAAUCUUAAAAAGGAUAAAAACUUUUCCCAACUGUA